GGUCUGCUGACCGAAGACAUUUAAUGACGGAACUUCAUUACAAUGACGAAAUUCAUUUGAACGUGAACAUCAAUUUAAAGUUGUUGGACACUUGUUGCUCUGAUAUUGUGGAAGUCACUUGAAAAUUUUAUUUAUAAAUUUAUCACAAAUUAUUUAAUAUCAUGACAGAACCAGUAGCAGAUAUCGCCUUAAUUGGUUUGGCUGUCAUGGGCCAGAAUUUAAUUCUAAACAUGAACGAUCAUGGAUUUGUUGUUUGUGCCUACAAUCGUACAACAGAAAAAGUUACAUCGUUUCUUCAAAAUGAAGCCAAGGGAACAAAAAUUGUUGGCGCUUAUAGUUUAGAGGAAAUGGUCAGCAAAUUGAAAAAACCCCGACGAGUAAUGUUACUUGUUAAAGCCGGUUCAGCUGUUGAUGAUUUCAUUGGGAAAUUGGUGCCACUUUUAUCUAAAGGAGAUAUUAUAAUCGAUGGAGGUAAUUCCGAAUAUCAGGACACACAGAGACGAACUCAGGAUUUGGAAAAAAAGGGUAUUUUAUUUGUUGGAAGUGGAGUUAGUGGCGGAGAAGAUGGAGCACGUUAUGGACCAUCAUUGAUGCCUGGAGGAAAUCCAAAAGCAUGGCCACAUAUUAAACCAAUUUUUCAAGCAAUUUGUGCAAAAGCUGAUGGGGAGCCUUGUUGUGAUUGGGUUGGAGAAACUGGUGCUGGACAUUUUGUUAAAAUGGUACACAAUGGAAUUGAAUAUGGUGAUAUGCAAAUAAUUUGUGAGGCUUAUCAUAUUAUGAGAAAUGGACUUCGUUUAACACCUGCGGAAAUGAGUAAAACAUUCGACGAAUGGAAUAAAGGCGAUUUGGAUUCAUUUCUCAUUGAAAUAACAAGGGAUAUACUUAAAUAUAAAGAUGAUAAAGGUUAUCUUUUGGAGAGAAUUCGUGAUACUGCUGGACAAAAAGGAACGGGAAAAUGGACAGCAAUUGCUGCAUUGGAUUAUGGAAUUCCAGUAACUCUAAUUGGUGAAUCAGUAUUUGGAAGAUGUCUUUCGGCAUUAAAGAGCGAGAGAGUUGAAGCAAGUUCAGUAUUGGCUGGACCAAAUAAUGUCUAUGAGGGUGAUAAAAAAGUUUUUCUCGAACAUUUGGGAAAUGCUCUUUAUGCGGCGAAAAUUAUUUCCUACGCUCAAGGUUUUAUGCUUCUCAGAGAGGCAGCGAAAAUUCAUAAUUGGAAUCUUAAUUACGGUGGAAUUGCUCUUAUGUGGCGAGGUGGUUGUAUCAUCAGAAGUGCCUUUCUUGGAAAUAUUAAACAAGCCUUUGACAAAAAUCCAAAAUUAACGAAUUUGCUGUUGGAUGAUUUCUUUGCAAAGGCCAUGAAACGUUGUCAAGGAAGUGUUAGAGUUAUUGUCUCGAAUGCCGUCGCUCUUGGAAUUCCAACUCCUGCAUUGUCGACUGCUUUAGCCUUCUAUGAUGGUUUUCGAACAGCUCAACUUCCGGCAAAUUUAUUGCAAGCACAACGUGACUAUUUUGGAGCGCACACUUAUGAACUUCUCGGUGAGGAAGGUAAAUUUGUUCACACCAAUUGGACAGGUCAUGGGGGUAAUGUUUCUGCAUCUACAUAUGAUGCAUGAAAUUUGCAAUAGAGAGAAAUUUGUUUUUUUUUUUCUACCACAUUCCCAAGGGAAAUUCUAUUUUAAUUUUCAAAAAACUAGAAAAUAUUUUCAUAUCCCAUUCGUUCAUUAAGAUAUGACAUAGAAUAAGAUGUAGAUAUUAUGCAAUGUACAAAGAUUUUGUUCGUUUUUCGGUAAAUUUCAUUUUUUACUAAAAAUAAACAAAAUUCAAAAAAAAGAA